UAACACAACCUGCCUGUUAUGUUACACAGUGUGCCUCCACGGGUACAGCCACUGUGACGUUACCUUAUAUAAAAGUGUCGCUGAGUUACAGCGUAAUUAUUAGUUCAUAACAGAUGUCAUAUUAACCCAGUGUACUUUUAGUCUAACGUUUAUCCCACUCUUUCACUUCGUUAUAACAGUUGUCAUAUUUAGCACGAGGUUCUCUCCCAACAUAAGUUCAUUCUCAAACCCCCAAAAAGACAAGGAUAUCCAUAAACAUAUACGUCAUCUCAGAUACGCUAAGGUAGCGUGUAACGGGUGUACACAGAGAGGAAAUUAAUAUCCAGCAUAUAGUGGUUUAAUACAGCUUUCAUUGAGCAUAAGGAAGAAGCAUGGCAUGGCGUUUUCAGCUGGCACUGCAGCAUGACAAAGUGCUCAUUUCUGACAAACACACACCCUCCCUUUAGGGGAAAUACAAAGCCACAUAACGAGAACAACAUUUGAUUAAGGUGACUAGCACUGUAGCAGAAAGUAAAUGACGUCAUCUUGUGAUAUUGACCCAGUUUAGUCACCCCUCUGUAACCACCUACAGUAAAACCAGCCUUCAACUUGGUACCCCACUGAGCCACAAGAGGGUGUUGCUGCAUUGGUCUGUCCACUGAGGGUUACUUCCUGUUUUGUAGACUCACUUUAACCAUCUCACAGGCUUUAAAGUUAUACUCACAUGAAGCAUGGCAAAGUCGUGUUGAUAUUUAUAUAGCUGCAAAGAGAUAUUAAAGAUGUAUUGCGCUGCAGGAAAGAUUGGCUUUUCAUAAAACUAUGCUGUCGGUGCAGUAGAGAGACACUUGUUAAAUUGGUGCUGCAUGACUAGAGACUAGAGGACGGUGACAUUUGCUUUUUCUCAAGAGGUAGAAAACCCACAACAGACCAAUAAACGCUCUGGUGGAUGUCAUGUUGCAGGUUGCCCUUCCGAAAUCAUAACAGCCAGUUGAUAACAAAUGAUCUUGUAUUAUGGUUAAACAGUAAUCUUAAAUGUCCAGUGUGUUCGAUUUUUGGGGGAUUUAAUGGCAUCUAGCACUGAGGAUUGCAGUUUGCAAUUAGCCGAAACUUCUCCUAGUUAAAUUCCCUCAGUGUUCAUUGUUCAGGAGUUUUUUUUACCAGGAGCUAAAUUAUCAGAAGAGGUUCUCCUUUACUCCAAAACAAACUGACCAGGUGAUCAAAAGAGGUAAAAAUACAAAAUGUGUUUCUCUCACGUUGUUCGGCAUGUCGCAGACAGUCCACUAGCCCAACACCUGCUGAUGUGUGCUCACCUAUUUUCCAUGAUAACUUAAUUUGUGCUCACCUAAUUUCUGAUUCAGUGGUUCAGGAGGUUUUUACCAUAAGCUGAAUAAUCUGUGGAGGUCUCUUCCUUCACAAACCAAAUGAACCUAGUCAUUUAAACUGCCAGAAACACUGAAUAAUGCAGUUUCUCGUUAAAGAAUCAGUGGUUUUAUGACACUUGUGCUGCUAAGGGGCCACUAACUACAGUCGCCGACGCAAAGCCGAAUGGCCCUGUCUAGAGCCGGUUUGGUUUGUCUGUUCUGGGCUGCUGUAGAAACAUUGUGACCUCUCUGGAUGCUCCGAUAUAGAUAUAAACGGUUCAUUCUGAGGUAAUAAACACAUGAUUCUUAUUUUCACGUUAUUAUACACUAAAGAAAACGGGCUUAUUGUGUCAUAUUUCUGCCAUUAUAUCCCUCUAAAUCCUGCACACUGUUUAAAAAAAAAGUACCACAAACUAUAGCCUCAAAAAAUUACCAGGUGAAUCAACACCUCCCAGAUACAGUCAGAAAGUAUUAGAAUUAACAGAAAUUAAACAGCGAAAGAAUUGCAAAGACUUUAUUUAGGCACAGUUAUGGUAAGUGUUUGAAUUAUUUCAACCACCUGAUGUAUAUAUAUCUACUUACAUAACUCUGUCCUAGUUUCUAGAAUAGAUAAGAAUAAGUGUUUGGAAUUUGGAUAGUGUUGAAAUAUCUUGUACUUUUAUGGCCUCUGUGAAAUGUUCCACACUAUAUGCUGCUUUAAAUAAAUAGUCAAACAUUUAUCUCACUGUACUCACAAGAUCAGUAAAUUUCACUUCAGGUCGGGCCCAUGACCCUUCUGAGUGUGUGUGUAGCCAUAGGGAGACAGCUGAAUGUUUGGCAUAGCAACCAGUUCAGGCUUCUUGUUUCGAAGGUGCUUUCUUGCUUUGCAGCUGUCCUCUGACUGCAGUUUAAAGCAACAGCAACAGUCCCAAAACUACAGCGAAGAUUAGAGAAAAACACUGAAUCCCUGUGUGUCUCUGCCCUGUGGUUUUAACGAGGGAGUAAACGGAAAUGAGGUCUUGUCAAGUCCAGACUCCAAAUAUUUGGAAACGCUCUAAAUGUUGGUUUAAAUCUUAAUCUAGUAGCUUCUGUGGUUCUGGAGCUGUGGCCUGCUCAGUUCUUGGGUUUGUUUUUGCUGCACUGGGAAACAAUUAGUCUGUCUCCUCUGAUCUCUGAGAAUAAUGAUUUGUUUGUCUGUGCAAGUUGUGGCCCGGGAGGAGUGCGAGUGUGUGCAUGUGUGCGUGUGUUUAUGUGUUGUAUGUGUGCAUUGCCUGUCAGCUGAUAGAGCAGUCGAGGCAGUGUUGGGUUUCAUCAUGCUGUUUAUUCCCCACCCUUCGCUGUGAGGGAAGUUAGGGAGGGGACAUUAGUGUGUGUGUGUGUGUGUCUGUGUGUGUGUGUGUGUGUUUGCUGUCGUGCUGACGUCUCCAGACUCUGGUGUAAGGCUCAUAGAGACAUUGCAAGUCCCUGCAGGGGAAAAAAGCACAUUGCCUCCUCUUUUUUCCCUCCCUUCUCUCCAUUUCUCUCUCUCUUCACCUCCACAACACAGCCUGAGGCGGAGGAGGAGCUAUAUCCUACGGUUUUUCUGGGGUUUGUUCCCCCAGUUUGUUUAUCGGUGUCUCUGUCGCUCUCUUCUGGUCCCUCUGUCACCUCCAGCCACUGACUGUCAAAAACAGAUGACCCAAGCUUGGCAUGCAUGCGUGCGUGUGUGUGUGUGUGUGUGUGUGUGUGUGUGUGUUUAUGUGUGUGUGCCUGUGCCAGAAGUGGGAAGGUCUGGCUCUAACCUGAUGCUAUUAAUACCACCUAAUGAACAUAAUCUGUAGGGUAGGUUAUCCUCUUACAUUUGUUGGCUGGACGGCUAAGGGGAGGAGUGGAGAGCGAGUGAAAGAGGAGGGAAAAAGCUGUGCUGUAGUUUCACACUGAGCGUGCUUCCUCCACCAAGCUGCAGUGCCUUCUCUCUCUCCACUACUGCUCCUCUGAAUGGAAGAAACAGAAAGCUAAACAGAUGUUUAAAGUUUCGUUUCUCAUCUAAUCUAACGCCCCUCUAUAUUGUCAGCCCUCUACCACCCUCUCUCUGGAUGCACUGUACCAGAGGGCAGUGCUGUUAAGUGCUUUAUUGUUCUUCAGUGUGUGUAUAUAUAUACUGGGUAAACCUUGGAAGUAAUAUAGGAUUAAAACACAACUUGCAUAGUCGCACAGUGGGAGCCUCCCUUUCAUUUUUCAUCAGUUAUGAACUCCCUACCAUCUGACUCAGGAGCUAGAAUAUCUGGCUGUUGGACUCUAAGAUCUGAUGGCAGUGGAGGUGGUGAGGGAUCACUGGACCGGCUUCUUCCCUCGGUAAGCACAGGCCUCUCACCCAGGAAAAGGACCACCAGCCAGUGUAAGUCUGAGCCACCUCUCCUACGCACCUCCAAACGAACCAUCUACACCGCUGGACGCCCACCCUGGUACAACGAGCAUGGAGCACAGUCCAAAGAGGCCUUCGUUAUUGGUCUGUGUGGCGGCAGUGCCUCAGGAAAGACAACAGUAGCCAGGAAAAUUAUCGAAGCUCUCGAUGUGCCAUGGGUUGUACUGCUCUCAAUGGACUCUUUUUACAAGGUCCUGACCCCAGAACAGCAGACUCUGGCUGCCAGCAACGACUACAACUUCGAUCACCCUGAUGCUUUCGACUUUGAUUUGCUGACCCACACCCUGCGCAAACUCAAACAGGGCAAGAGCGUGAAAAUCCCUGUGUAUGACUUUACAACUCAUGGGAGACAGAAGGAGUGGAAAACUGUAUAUGGAGCCAGUGUCAUCAUCUUUGAGGGAAUCAUGGCCUUCGCAGAUAAAAAACUCUUGCAGUUGCUGGACAUGAAGAUUUUUGUGGACACGGACUCUGACAUCCGGCUUGUGCGUCGGUUGAGGAGGGACAUCACAGAGAGAGGCCGAGACAUUGAGGGUGUCAUCAAGCAGUACAACAAGUUUGUAAAGCCAGCGUUUGAGCAGUACAUUGAACCCACCAUGCGCUUGGCUGAUAUCGUGGUGCCAAGAGGUGGUGGCAAUAUGGUGGCCAUCGAUUUGAUUGUGCAGCAUGUCCACAGUCAGCUGGAGGAGAGGAAACUUCGCUGGGAUAUGGCAGCCCUGGCUUCUGCUCACCAGGCCCAACCCCUCCCCCAGACCCUCAGUGUUCUGGAGAGCACACCCCAGGUCAGGGGCAUGCACACCAUCAUCAGAAACAAGGAAACCAGCCGCGAUGAGUUCAUCUUCUACUCCAAGAGGCUGAUGCGUCUGUUGAUCGAGCGAGCGCUCUCCUUCCUCCCCUCACAGGUCCACGUAGUCCAGACGCCCCAGGGAGAGGAUUAUGAAGGCAGGACUUUCCACGGGAAGAGGAUCACAGGCGUGUCCAUCCUGCGAGCUGGGGAGACCAUGGAGCCGGCUCUUAGGGCCGUCUGCAAAGACGUCCGCAUUGGCAAGAUCCUCAUCCAGACUAACCAGGACACAGGAGAACCAGAGCUUCAUUACCUGCGUCUACCCAAAGACAUCAGUGAAGAUCAUGUGAUCCUGAUGGACUGCACUGUGUCCACGGGAGCCGCUGCCAUGAUGGCUGUGCGAGUCCUACUGGACCAUGACGUUCAGGAGGACAAGAUCCUGCUGGUGUCUCUGCUAAUGGCUGAAAUGGGAGUCCAUUCAGUGGCUUACGCAUUCCCACAGGUCAAAAUCAUCACAACAGCUGUUGACAAGAAGGUCAAUGAUCUCUUCCACAUCAUACCUGGAAUAGGAAACUUCGGGGAUCGAUACUUUGGAACAGACGCACCUCCUGACUGGAGCGACGAAGAGAUGGACGAGCCCAGUUACUGAUUGAAUUACUGGCAGAGCACUAACUUAUUGGGUGAUUCAGGGCUGUGCCCCUCGGAGGACAAUAUAAGGACACACGCUUUGCCUCUGUCGGGCCGUACGUACGUCAAAGGAGGGCCGAAGGUGCCCUGAGAAAUCAACUGUAAACAGAACAAGACAUUGCUGAUGCACAGUCACCUUGUGGGAGCUUUUAAUUAUAUUAUUUUAUCUCAUGUAAAUGCUGUUGUGAAAACUUGUGUUAUGAAGUCUAAAAUAUUUUUAUAUGUACAGUAUGUUAAGUCCAAAUAUUUUUAUUUAAGUGUUUGAAUUUACCGAAAAUUUGCAGGCAUGUUGCUCUGAAAAUAUCUCGCCUUAAGCCGCGUACUGUGGACGACACAACUGAAUGUGAAUUUGUACGUGCCGUAAAGGAAGAAGAGAAAAAAAAUCAAGCUUUUAGGGUUAUUUUUACCACAUACCUUCCUCACAACUUUCACAAAAGUAAAAUCGGAACAUGAACUCAUGUUGCUCAACUUCCAUCGCCAUGAGCACUUUCUGAAGGACCAUUCAAUCGGAAAAUGUGUGGGCGUAUCUGUGUUUUGUUUUGUUUUGUUUUUUUUAGUUCUCUGGUUCACCUUUUUUCCUUUCUGUGGAUGCUGACCUAACCAGUUGAAACGGGUGUUGAAAACGGUUUUUCAUUAUACAGCUAAAAGUAUGCACUUGUAGUGUAUAUUUAUGCAGCGUGUCCUUGAUUUACAUAAUCUCUUCUAUGGAUAGACCCGACCAGUCAGCAGGCAAGUCAUACAUCUUUCUUGCUGCGAUGAAAACGGGUCAUCUGCAUCUAACAAACAGAUUAAGUGUUUCAGUCUCAACACGUUCCGAUUUUAUUUUCUUUUGCAUCAGAUGAGAUUGUUAAAAAACAAAAGGGCUCUUGAGUAAAGCAUACACAUGAACUCAGAACGUCUACAUGUCAGAAAGUGCGGCAUUCACACAGCCCUGCCCGUGCCUGAUCUGUACACUUGGUAUCAGUAUUGAAAUGAAUGAGAUGCGUCUGUUAAAGUUGGUGCCUUUUUAAUAUUGCCUUGUUCUUUUUAGAGAAACGUCGGGUCACACUCCGCAAUAUUCAUCCAUAUGGUUAUUUGAACUGCUGUAGUGAGAAAUCAGAAGAAGAGGAGCAUGUUAAGCUCAUUUUAUAUCAUCAUAACUUUAAUUUUAAGGAUUUUAAUAGAGAAUUUGAAGAUGUUUUUUAUUUAUUUUGCCUUUUUUGGAAAGAAACAAAUGAAGAACAUGAAGGGCGGGAGGAAACAAGAAAUGAGACUUGUUCAAAAUGCAACUCUAAGCACUGUUACUACUGUAUUGUUUUCCAUUUAGUCACCUGCUACUGUGCAGUACGGGCCUCCUGCUGAACACAACUGUUAGUGACUCAUUCUGUACUGAUGCAUCGAUUUGUGUUUGCAGCCUCUGUGCUGUUUUAUGUUUACCACUGCUGCUGCAUGUUUUUUUAUAUAUAUAUACGUUUAAUAAAAGUGCAGUAGAGCUUUUAAA